CUUCAACCCCACCCAACCCGCACGCUGGAAAGAUUAUAGACCUAGUCCACCUCCUUUCUAUUUUUUUUUAAAACUCGUUUGUUCUUGUUACUGAACCGAUAAGUUAAUCCCCUUUCUUUUUAUCUUUCUCUCCCUCUCUCUCUUCUGUUCUCUCUCAUACAUCCCCCACCCCUAAUCAACACAGAGGAUAAAACAUGUCACCUAUGCCGCACAAAAGCGCCUUUGAGCCCAAAGAUCCAAGGAUUAUUAAUUUGUACGAAGACGACGACGACGAGGAUGAGUUGGACGACUGGAGUUUGACCACGACGUCUGACGUGACACCUCGACCACGACGCAAAAAGACAGGCACCCAAGCUCUGGUCGAGUUCCUGAACACAACGAGCCCUGAAGAGUUUGAAAAAAAGUCGCCCAAACGUACCUCAAACCUGUUUUUCCGCCGUCGCAACAAAAACAAGCCGCCUACAGCUCCAUCGUCGACCUCAUCUACCCCGACACCAUCCACAACAUCAUCCUAUUUGACUUCUUUCAAUAGCAGACACGAUGUCAUUGGUGGUGGUGGUGCCGGUGCAGCUGCAGCACCAAAUACCAUUCAUCGUAAAAACUAUAUUGAAAUUAUUCCCAACCACAUUGCCAAUCCUAUUUUAUCACGCGAGGCAUCCAGUUCGACAUCGUUGACUCGAGUAGCUAGUCGUACGCCGUCGCUUGCUUCAAGACAGUCGGCUGCCAUAAGAAGGAGUGUUAUCAGCAAUAGCGAUCAACAACAGGCCCCACAAAAUCAAAACCCUUUGUUGCCAUCGAACCGUAGUAUCAAACAACGAGAAUCAUCGCUGUAUAGCGAUUCCAUUCGACAUUCCAUGUCGACCAAAUCCCACUCCUUGCGUGGAAGGCCAUUAAUGCGACAUGAUACGGACGCUACUUUGGGAACUAAAUCAUCCAUUACUUCGGGAUUGUUCCAACGUCGAACGAGCGAACAUACGUUUGGAGGACAAUUGGAGCAGCAACAGGGAUCCGUUGUUGGUGCUAAUAAUGGACCGUCAACAAUAGGAGGAACGGACUUACAGCACCCGCAUGCACCGAAUCAGCAACAGCUUGAAGAACGAGACAGAAAGGCAACAGAGACGAUGGUCAGCCACUUUGCAUCGCAGGACGAUCUGGAGACAGUGGAAUCAGCUUUGUUGCAACGUUUGGAACGGUUUCGAUUGUCUAAAAUGGAUAAGCCUAGCGAUGUGGUUGCGGCGGGUCUGGCAACGGAGCAUGUGCGUGCACUACAAGCAUCCACUCAGGAAUAUGAAGUGUCUGAUCAGCAACAACUAUGUGAUCCCAACAACAAUGGCGGUAACAUCAACCAGCAACAACAAAAGACGAAAAAGAAGGUCCGACAUAUGCAGGUUCAAACCAUGCCUCUGGAAGCAUUAUCCCCACCCAACGAAACAUUCUCAUCAUCCACCGACAAUAGCAAUACCAAUGAAGCAUCAUCGUCAACAGCAACAUCACCGACAACAACGACAGUUAACAAUAACAACAGAAGCAGCAGUAGCAGUCAUACAGCGGUAAUAUCAGCCAGUACAAGCACUGGUACCAACACCACAAGCGACGAUCCAGUGAUUGCUCAGUUACAACAACAAUUGGCAGAAGAACAAAAGCAACGCAAACACCUGGAGGCAGCACUCGAGGAAACGUGCGACCACUUUGAAGUGUUGAGCGGAUUAGCGUACAAGAAACUCAGAGAGCUAUGGGAAGAAAGGACGCGUUGGGAAAACGCGUGUAUCGAGUUACGAGAUCGGUUACUGGAGAUGAAUCAGGGACCAUCGUCCAUGGAAGACUUAAAUGACUUUGCCAAUAGUGAUUAUGUCGUUGAAGAAGAAAAGGAGGAUGGCCGUAGUAAAUAACAUAUUUUAUACUCAUUUCAUUAAAAACAAUAUACAUAGUUUAUUUCUAUGAGAG